CGCGAGAGUCGCGCUCGACGCAGUUAGUCGCCGUUAUCGCUAGCUCUCGCAUCCAUUCCGUUCCGUUCGCUCUCGUCGGCUCUCAGCAGUUCGUAGCAGCUUUCGACAUCGGUUCAUCUUCGACUGUCUACCGAAGCACCUGGACAACCGAAUACACGGAUUUGUGCAGAAGGAGGCAUCAGUGCGCAAACCCGACCUGGAACUUAACCUCCAAAGAAUCGCUCGAUCAAGUACGUCGUCGUCGACGUAAGGGGACGUCGUAUGCGCGACAGACAGAGACGGAAAUAGAGACAGAGACACACACAACAGGGAGAUUUUUCACUCUACACUGCGGCAGAACAAGGAAAACAUACGUGUAUACGCUUAACACACUCGCGAUUUCUAGCGAACCAGUGAAUGGACAGUUAACUAUGGCCACUGACCAGAAGAAGUCCAAGAUGGAAGAUUCGUUGGCGAAAAAGAAUCCCAGACCUAUACUUGCCGAAGAACUGAUCAGACUACCGGAACUGCAGAAGUCCUUCAUUGGUGUUCUCAAGGAAAAGAAAGCCAUCUCCAAGGCUAUCGCUGGCUUGGGACCGAUUCUUCCUAGUCCACAGCAUCUGAAACGAUGCUCUGGACUUAGGAUCUACCUGGCACCCGUGGACAAGAUGAACGAAAGUGCCGAGGGGUUGAAGAAAUUGCUAUCUGAUAAGGGAUUCGACCUGACUUUGUUUGAGGACGAGCUGGAAAUCUUAGAGGUGGUAGCAACGCCACCCAGGACUAAGUCCCAGAUGGAUGACGAGCAGCUGGCAAGUCUCGAGUUCUGCAUGAGGUUGGCCAUCGCCGCCGCUAAAGAUUCCGCGAUAGGUUCCAGCGAAUGCAACGGAAGUGCUGUGAUAGUUAACCCUGACGACGCCACGAUCCUGUCCAUCGCGGCAUCAAGUCAGGACAAGCACCCAAUGUGGCACGCCUCUAUGCUCGCGGUAGAUCUGGUUGCCAAGGUGCAGGGUGGCGGGGCCUGGAAGCUCAUCCAAGACUCCAACAGCGAGACCGACACUCUUAAAAGAAAACUCGGAGACUCUCUACCACUUCGAUACCCGGAAUCUAUAUUCAAGAUCGAGGUACCCAAAGAAAACGGCCUGUCGUUCAUCGCGAAAGACCAGAAGAAGAAACAAGAAAGCAGGAAAGAAUUCGAUGAUAAAUGCGCACCGUACCUCUGUACGGGAUACUGGGCAUUUCUGCUCCAGGAACCUUGUUCCCUCUGCGCCAUGGCUCUGCUGCACUCAAGAGUCUCGAGGAUAUUUUAUGGAGCAACUAAUCCGAAGACCGGUAUUCUGGGGAGUAGAGCGACUCUGCACUCGGUGCCUGGACUGAAUCAUCGGUACCAGGUGUGGAGCGAGUUGCUUAGGGACGAGUGUGAAGAGACUCUGAAGGCAUGUCGGACGAUCGACGAUUGAAUACGCUUAUUUUUUAUAACUUUAUACGACAAUUAUUAUUGACUGUGAAUUGUUAAGUUAUACGAUAACUUUUUUAUAUACAGUGUACAUAUCGACGAAUAAACGUAUAUACUUUUUAUAAACGCA